AUGUGUGCUGGCCAGAUCGUGAGCGUGGGCUCAGCCACCAUCGGGCUCUCGGCCACUUCGGAAGGAGAUGAUGAGGAUGAGGGCGACGGUGAGGACGACGCGGAGGACAGGCCCAAGCAUGCCGACGGUGCUAGCGCUGGUAGUAGCAAGAGAGCUGAUCCUGUUGCGAUCGAGCACCAACCCGACAGCCAGUUUCAGCACCGCGAGGCCCUUUUCCCUGGCGAAGUGCUCGAGGUUUCCUAUUCACAAGACCCGAAGACACUCGAGAGGCUUGCUUGGGAUUAUAUACAACAUUCGAAUGGUGACAUCAAAGCCGUCAUUGGCAUCGCCAUCAACUACAAGGACAGCCAGGCACCUUCGACCGUCUCGCUGUGGCGAGCAAGAUAUGUCUUUGAAGAUGCCCCGACGUAG